CGGGCGCGGAGACGCUUCUGGAAGGAACACCGCGAUGGCUGCCCAGGGAGAGCCCCAGGUCCAGUUCAAACUUGUAUUGGUUGGUGAUGGUGGUGCUGGAAAAACUGCAUUCGUGAAACAUCACUUGACCGGUGAAUUUGAGAAGUAUGUAGCCACCCUGGGUGUUGAGGUCCAUCCCCUCGUGUUCCAUACCAACAGAGGUCCUAUUAAGUUCAAUGUAUGGGAUACAGCUGGCCAGGAGAAAUUUGGUGGACUGAGAGAUGGUUAUUACAUCCAAGCCCAAUGUGCCAUUAUGAUGUUUGAUGUAACAUCGAGAGUUACUUACAAGAAUGUGCCUAACUGGCAUAGAGACCUUGUACGAGUAUGUGAAAACAUCCCCAUUGUGUUGUGUGGCAACAAAGUGGAUAUUAAGGACAGGAAAGUGAAGGCAAAAUCUAUUGUCUUUCACCGAAAGAAGAAUCUGCAGUACUAUGACAUUUCUGCCAAAAGUAACUACAACUUUGAAAAGCCCUUCCUCUGGCUUGCACGAAAGCUCAUUGGAGACCCUAACUUGGAGUUUGUUGCCAUGCCUGCUCUUGCCCCACCAGAGGUUGUCAUGGACCCAGCUUUGGCAGCACAGUAUGAGCAUGAUUUAGAGGUUGCUCAGACAACUGCUCUCCCGGAUGAGGAUGAUGACGUGUGAGAGAGAAGC